AUGUCUGCUCGUCCUGUCAUAGCAGUCGCAGGCCUAGGCUGCGAAACGUCCACCUUUACCCCGUCGAGGACGCUUGCCGCCGCUUUCCAUCCCCAGCGCGGCGACGACAUCAUCAACAGAUAUCCCUUCCUCCACGCCGAUCAGCCGCUCGGGCGAGAUGCCAAGUGGGAGGGUGCAUUGAUCGGGCAUGCCAUCCCGGGGGGCAUUGUGAAAAGAGACGCCUUCGAGGCCUUGGCGGGCGAAAUCGUUUCUCGUCUCUGUGGCAUCAUGUCCAAGGGAAAGGUCCAUGGCCUGUGGUUCGACAUCCACGGGGCCAUGUGUGUUGAGGGCAUGGACGACGCCGAGGCGGAGCUGCUGAGGCGUAUCCGAGAAGCCAUCGGUCCCCAGACCCUCGUCUCGGCUUCCAUGGACUUGCACGGCAAUGUGUCACGCGAGCUGGCUCGCUUGACGGACCUCAUCACCUGCUAUCGCUUUGCACCACACACCGAUGUGCUAGAAACCAAGGAGCGAGCUUGUCGUAAUCUCGUCAACCUAAUCCAAGCCUCGUCCGACCGCAGGCCGUUGAAAGCCUGGAUCCCCAUCCCCAUUUUGCUUCCUGGCGAGCAAACCUCUACUCGGAUGGAGCCGGCCAAGCGCAUCUACGCGGCCGUGCCCGAGGUCGAGGCGUGUCCUGGCGUCAUUGACGCUGCCAUCUGGGUUGGAUACGCCUGGGCUGACGAGCCGAGGAAUCGAGCGGUGGUCAUGGUGACGGGCUGGGACAAGGAGCCUGUAUCCUGGGGCGCAGAGCGACUGGCGAAGCUGUUCUGGGAUGCGCGCGGCGAGUUCAAAUUUGUCGCGCCCACGGGCUCCCUUGCCGAAUGCUUGGACGCCGCCGUCAAGUCUCCCCAGGAAAAACGGCCGUUCUUCAUCUCCGACUCGGGCGAUAACCCUACUGCCGGUGGUUCUGGCGAUGUGACAUGGGGCUUGACCAAGCUCCUGGAUCGCCCCGAGUUCAAGGCCCCGGACUCGGGUUACACCGUCAUCUACGCCAGCUUACCGGGACCAAAAGCCGUCGAGACAGCUGUCGCAGCAGGUGUCGGUGCCACGGUUACGGUCACGGCAGGGGCGGAAGCUGACAAGAUCCAUGCGCCUCCGCUGACAAUGACGGGCGUUGUGCAUGCAAUCAAGCGCGGUGAUCGAGACGCUGAGGUAGAAGUGGUCCUUCAAGUCGGAUCCGUCCACGCCAUCCUCACCCGCCUUCGCAAGCCGUAUCACAAGGAAAGGGACUUCACUGACCUGCGCCUCGACCCUCGACGUGCAGACGUUGUCGUCGUCAAGAUUGGGUACUUGGAGCCAGAGCUGUUCGACAUGGCCAAGGGCUGGAUGCUUGCGUUGACCCCCGGCGGCGUGGAUCAGGACUUGCAAAGGCUGGGGCACAAACGGAUACAACGACCCAUGUGGCCGUUUGACCAAACGUUUGACAAGAGUCCGGAUUUGAGCACGCGGUGGAUCGAAAGCGUGGCAGAGAAGACGGGGGGGUAG